AUGGAAGUCAGUUCGACAAUAGCUAAAACAUUCAAACGUUUUACACUACCUCGAAGUACGUCAUCGAUCGGUUCAUUUUCAUUAUCAUCUGGAACAACAAAUACAACAUCUGUACCACCAUCAACAACAACUAUAAAUGAUUCAUCGACUAUUGAUUUUAAUGGUAUCAAUCUAAUUAGUCGUACAACUAAUCAUACGCAUGUCCAUUCAAAACCACCAAUGUCCUAUACUAAUUAUCCACGACAUCAUUCUCAGUUAAAUCUUUCAACGACAAAUAGUGUACCUUCAAAUGUCAUUGAAAAAAUAAACGAUCUAACUUCUCAACAACAGCAGCAGCAGCAGCAACAACAACAACAACAGCAUCAGCAACAUCAUCUAUCAAUGUUGCGUUCAUCGUCGAAUUUAUCAAAUCAUAUUGAUACGGAUUGCGAUGUAAAAAGUGUAAAUAAAUCAAAAUCGUUUUAUAAAACUCAUUCGAUUCAACGUGAUUUAAGUUAUGAUAAUAUUAAAGCUCUAACUUUUGACGAUGAUAAUAUGAAUAAUAAACAAUUAAAAAAAAUGUCAAAUUCUUAUUCAGAACAUAAUGGUGAAAAUUUCAAGCAACAAUCGAAACUAAAACAUAUAUUAAUAAAAAAAUUACAACCAUCACAACAAGAACAGCAACAAGAUGAUAAUUCUACAAGUAAAAAAAAAGAUGUUGAAAAGAAAAAACGUCGAUCAUCAUUUAGAAAUUUUUCACAAAAAUUUCAUUUGAAACGUAGUCAUAGUACAAAUACGGAUUUAGCUACUAUUGCUACAUCAUCGUCCUCUUCAUCCAAUACUACUGCAGUCAAUAAUAAUUUAGAUACAGACAAAUUACCACUAUCAACAACAACAUGUGAUCUUGUUUAUCAUCGUUUGAAUUGUAUAACAGCACCUACAAAAUCAUGCGAUAUCGAAGCAUCUAGUCAGUAUAAUUUAAAUGAUUAUGUAAAUUUAACACGUUCUAAUACAAGUAUUUUGUGCAACGGUAGUACAGGUGGUUUUGCAACGAUACCUGAAGAAGAAAAUUGUACAGUUAUUUUAAAGAGAAACAACAAUCAGUCGUCAACAUCAUCAUCACAUCGUCAGGAUGAAAAUGAUGACUUUAUAGCACAACAACAACAACAGCAGCAGCAACAACAACAACAGCAUCAAAGAAUGGCGCCAAGUCUCAGUCUGUCAUCGUCGUCGUCAUUUAUUUCCGCACAUACUUCAUCACCAUCUAAUCAUUCGUCAACAUCAAAUAAAUAUUUGAGUGUUAAAUUAGCAUCGUCUAAUCAAAAUGGAGUCACAGAUUUGGCUAAACCAUCAAAAUCAUCAACUUCAGUCACAUCAAAUAUCGGGACAGCACUAGGACUUUUAUCAAAUAAUAAUAACAAUAAUACUAAUACUAAUAAUAAUAAUAAUAAUAAUAAUAAUAAUAAUAAUAAUAACAGUAAUAAACAAUUCUUAUCCAAUUCCAUCAGUUUACAUGGUGAUGUUAGUAGUCUAUUAACUUCAUCAUGUCAUAACGGAUAUUUAUCAAAUAGUAUUUCAGCUAUAAACAAUGCAAAUAAUAUUAAUAAUGAUGCGUCAUCAGGUCGACUAUAUUCUCAUCCUGUACGAGAUAUACCUUGUCCACCAUCACCAUCGACGAAACAUAAACAUUUGUCUUAUCAUGAAAAUUUAACAAAUUCAUUUAUGAAUGAUUUAACAAUAUUACCUAUUGAAGAAAAUUCAAUUUCACAGCAACAGUCACAAUCGCAACAAAAAGUGAAAAUGCGUGAUCACAGCUCAAAAAAGAAGAAAAGUUUAAGAGAUCUAAAAUUGCGUAUAUCAUUACCACCUGAAUUAAAAAAUGGUUUUCAACGAGUUAACAGUGAUUUUACAAUGAAUAAAGGACCAUCAACAACUACCACUGCAGCAACUAUAAUGGCAAAUAAUAGUAAAAUAAAAACAACAACAAUGAAUAAUAAUGCUUAUAAUAAUAAUCAUCAUUCUUAUUAUCAAACAAAUUCAUUAUCAUCUCAAACAUUAAACAGUGUUAUUAAUCAGUCCAGUUCAUCUCUUUUAAGAUUAUCAUCUCCAACAUCGUCAAUAACAACUGUAGGACAAUUAAGUCGUAAUGAACAACGUUUAUCAAUGCUUGAUUUAGGUUAUGGAAAAAUAGAAUCUUAUCAAAAAUUAGAGAAAUUAGGCGAAGGUACUUAUGCAACCGUUUAUAAAGGUCGUUCACAUUUACUUAGUGGCUAUAUAGCAUUAAAAGAAAUUCGUUUAGAACAGGAAGAAGGUGCACCUUGUACAGCAUUACGAGAAGUAAGCUUAUUAAAAGGUUUAAAACAUGCAAAUAUAGUAACAUUACACGAUAUUAUAUUUGAUCAAACAACGUUAACAUUAGUAUUUGAAUAUGUUGAUAAAGAUUUAAAACAGUAUAUGGAUGAUUGUGGAAAUAUAAUGAAUAUUAAAAAUGUUCGAUUAUUUUUAUAUCAAUUAUUACGUGGAUUAGAAUAUUGUCAUUCACGUAAAAUUUUACAUCGUGAUUUAAAACCGCAAAAUUUAUUAAUAAACGAACGUGGUGAAUUAAAACUAGCAGAUUUUGGUUUAGCACGAAUAAAAAGUUUUCCAACAAAAACUUAUUCACAUGAAGUUGUAACAUUAUGGUAUCGACCACCCGAUGUACUUUUAGGUAGUACAGAAUAUUCAACACCAAUUGACAUAUGGGCUGUUGGAUGUAUUUUUUAUGAAAUGGCAUGUGGUCGACCAUUAUUUGCCGGAACAAAAGUUGAAGAAGAAUUAUAUCUUAUAUUUAAAUGUUUAGGAACGCCCACCGAGAAAACAUUACCAGGUGUAACGUCAAAUGUUGAAUUUCAACAAUUACGUUUAGCAAAUUAUAACGGUGAAUCACUAUUAAAUUUAGCACCACGUCUAGAUCUAAUGGGAAUUGAUUUAGUUCAAAAAUUUUUACGUUAUAAUCCACUUGAACGUAUUUCGGCUAAUGAUGCAAUGCAUCACAAGUUUUUUGGCGUUUAUCCUUCCUUAAUUCAUAAUUUACAACCUACACAAUCGAUACUUGAUAUUAACGAUAUACAAUUGACACGUGAUCAUGGAUCUAAAUUAAUCAUGAAAUCAGUCACAUCAAAACGUUCGAGUAUACAUCUAUGA